CACUUCCCCCACUGUGUUUCUUUCGCUGAUGGAUUUGUUCUCUUUCCGGCUUCGUCUGACCCUCGCCUUCGUCUCAUUUUCUCCUGAGUGCACCCUGCUCUUGGGCGUCGUUGUUUCUUCGCCUUCGUCUCGGUCUUCUCCUGAGUGCACCCUGCUCUCUGGCGUCGUUGGUUCCUCCAAUUUUGUCUCGGUCUUUUUGUAGUGCGGCCUCCUUGGGUUUGUUGUGUUCUCUUCUGAAUCGGGGGACAGCUCGCGUUCAAUUCGGGGUGCGUUAUGUUCAGGGGAAGACGCACCCUCGUUUUGAGGUUGCACCGGGAGCUACCGUCUUCCUUCGAACAGAACGCACCGUCUUUUUGGCAGUAUCUGGCUGGAAAUAUCACUCGUAUACAUUCAUUUUGAGGGUGGUUAUGUUCGGGGGAAGACGGUAGUGUUUGGUACGUCAAAUUCCAGGGCGUCACAAACGUGACCUUCCAGCGUCUAUUUGAUGUGGCGUGUUCUAGCCUGUCUGCUUGGGUGUCUCUUGUUGUCAGACGGUUUGAUCUCACCCUCUGUUCACCCUCAGGGAUAUCCUCUUCUGUCAUCGCGAUACUGCCCCACCUUACGUCACGACCCACAUCUUCGCCGCUCUGGCUGUUGCCCUCCUGCUGCCUGCCUUUGUUAUCUGAGCCCUUCAUUCUCUGUCUGAUUUCGACUCUUCGUGCUUGGAGUAUCUGUCGUCCUUGUCGUCGUAGGGUGCAUUGUCGAUCUCGCCUGUCGCCUGUGUGUACUCGCUCUUCGUCGGCUGUCCGCUGUGCCAUCGCCCUCUGCCGUGUAGAGAUCGUUCUCCUGUUUGGGAUCUGUUUCUGAUCUUUGAUGCUAUCGUCGUCCGGUCUAAUCAGGGUGAGGUCCGCCGUGUUGAGAACCGUGCCCUUGCUGCGUUCGCCUUCGACAGCAGACUCUCUCGCCUGCCGCCCUGGCGCGCUCUCCCCUCGUCGUUCUUUGAUUGUAGACUGUCUGGCGCCGGCGACUUGGGCCGGUCGUGGUUGUCUUCGCAUUCGUACUCUGGCACUGUGGUGAUGCACUUGAUUUUUGUCUGUUUGCUUAUCUCCUCUUCACGUCCUUUCCUAUCAUUCUUUUGCCUCGAUGUCUCACCCUCUCCUCUGCAUUCGGGACGAGUUCCUCUCUAAUCAUCAUUCAGAUCUAUCCUAAGUCCUUUGCGUUCCCCUCUUGGUCCUCCACUCCCAUUUCCCGUCUUCCAUCCGCAUUCGUGCCGUCGGAAAGUUAUCUGUUUCUGCUUUAUCGUGGUUUUAUGUGAACACUCAGCGCACUGUUCCUCGAUUUGUGAUCUCUCUCGCUUUGGUCGAUCUUCUCUUGUUUCUUUCUCAUUCCAUCCCGGUCCGAAUGAUAUGGAGUCCAUUUGAUCAUGUCAUCCGUUUCCGACGCUUUGGUUCCUGAUUCAUAUCCCGAUCCUUUUUAUUGUUAUGGCGGUCGUUUUCUGCGACUGUCAUCAUUUGCGUACCCUCUGGUGUCAAUUCCUUGCCUCAGCAGCUCAUACCCUGGCAUCAGGGACUUUCAUAUUCUGUCGCCCUCUCCUUCUGGAGUAGACUACGUCGUCGUCGUUACUUGAUUGUUUAUCUGGCAGUGUGACGAUGCUAUUUGCUUAUCGCUCGAUCCCUCAUUUAGCCUUAUGUCUGGCCUCUCCUUUUCGCGUCGUUGGUUAUUUCACACAGUCUUGCGUAUCCUCAUCUCCUUGUCGACGUCCAUUUCCAUUUUGCGCCUUCUGCAUCCCGUCUCGCUAGUCGGUUUUUUGUUUUGCCCUCAUUGCUCUGUCCAUCGACCUUUGAUUUGUCCCUCCGGUGUGUUAUCCUCUGUACUUGGGCGCUCUACUUGUUAUGUCUAUCUUGUGUCCGUUGUGCCACAUUCCCACGCCUGUCCGUUGUGCCCCAUUCCCACGCCUGGAGUUGGCCCGAUCCUUAGUGCUUCCGCAGGGCCAUUCGUUCGUUGUUGUACUCGAUACGGACAGCUUUUCUACCCUUUAAGAGCCAACGUCACACCAGAUAUAUCUUUUUUCCUCCGUUUCUCGCCCUGUUCUUGUUUCUUCCUAAUGUCGUUCUAUCUUCUCUAUUUGUUUUAACUCCGAGGUCAGGUUCUCACGGCACCGAUCUCAACAAGGUGGUGUUGAAUCUGUGUAAUCGACCACUGUUUUUUUUUGUUCCUCUUUUUUUCUCGUCCGUGACAUCUGUCAUAUUUUCUGGGACAUGCUCUGUUAGUCUCUUCUUGCUUGAAUCCUUUCCCAAGUCGUUUUCUGCUUCCUUCGCCCGAAUAGAACGACCGGCCGUUGUAGCUGUGUUUGGGGCUUUUCAGUCCAGAUGCAGCGGCAAUAAGCAGGCGUUGUAUUCGGCUGAAGACGGUAGAUUCUACGUGAGGUUUGUUUUUUUCACGUUCAAUCUUGUCGAUGUCGCUGAGUUUGUGUGCCAGUUGUUUUGUUGCACGAUCUUUUGUUGCAGGCACGUCUUGUCUCGGUCUGUUGUAUUUCUCUUGCGGAGGAAGUCGGAGGUACCGCGUGUGUUGUCCCCACUCUUGAAGGUCGUAUCUGCGUCGGGGGUCUUUUCGUCCACUCUGGUUCUGCUUCUUGUGAUGCUGACACUGAUCCUAUGCCCACUACUUAUCAAUCUAAUGACGAUGAAGACAUUGUUGAAUUAUACUGACUCUAAUGCAUUUUUGUCGGAUUUGUACUGACUUCAUACUGACUAUGAAGACAUUGUUUGAAUUAUACUGACUGUAUACAUUACCUCUUUGCCUUUUGGCCCCGUGUGUGACACAUGGGGAUGGAGGCAGCCAGAUCUCAGCCUGUCAUUCAAAAUCAGAUCUCAGCCUGUUAUCCACGUGGCUGGCCUUGUCCGGAAGAGGUGAUGAACAGUGAUGGGAAUGUUUAUUGUUGACGUUUCCCAUCGUCGUGGUGUUUCUUCUGAGUCGGUUCUUGUGUUGGAUUCUCGCUUGGAACGCUCCUUUCGCUUCCCCGUUUUUCUGCCGUUCGAGCUCUUGUAUUUUUUGUAUUCUCUCGGCUGAGCCACCGUGACAUUCGAUCUACCUUAGUUGCUUCGGUCUGCGCCUCCAUAGGUGUGUUCGAUCAUGGAAUAGAACGCUACCUGAUGUCUUCUUCGCCCGAACAGAACGCACGGUCGCUGAUUCUAACGUGCCCCGUUCCAUGUAUCGCCGUCUUCCUGCCGUUGCUGUGGUGUUCUCGGUUAGACCAUCUUGGCAUCCGAUAGUAUGUCAUAUGAUGAUGUGGUCCCCACCUACCGCAUGAUUCCGUGUUCGUUCGAAUAGAACGACGGUGGUCACUGAGUGUGACUCGUGACUCAAGGGCAGGCGUUCUACGCGUUCUAUUCGAUCGAGUCGUUUAGUUCUGAUGACGACGGUAGGGCAGGUGUUCUAUUCGAGUGAAGACGAUAAAGCAAUACGCUCUAACGGCGUCUAACGGCGUCUAACGGCGCUCUGAACGAACAGAUCGAUUUUCGACUCCAGCUUUCCUUUUCACGUGCUUACUCCCAGGGAACACGUUUACGAGUGUGUUAACGGGCAGGUAGUGCUUUUUAGAUUCGGCGAUUCUGUCCGCUGAUUGUAGGAUUAUCCUUCUCUCUCAUUUCUCCGUUCUCUUCCUUUUCCUCGCUUUUCUCCCACUGCCUCUCUUUCCUCUUGCACCCUUUUCUCCUCUCUGCCUUUUCCAUUUUCUCUGCGUAGUUCUGGGAUUGUUUUGUUCUUUUUUUGGACGUGUUUGUUGUUGAUUUUGUAUACCUUUAAUUAUGGCUAUCAGAAUGCCCGUUUUUGCGGUGUGUGUAUGCAUGCGAUCGUUUCUGACCACCGAGUGCAGCUUCGUUCUUCUCGUAUGUGCCGCAUGUUGCCGCAGUUCAGCGACGUUCCCUCUUUUCGACGAGUGGCGAUACUCUCCUAUUUUGCCGUGGUUCUUCUACCCCCGUGAACUGCAGAAAUUACCCUGGUAAAACUCUGUGACUCUACGACACCAAGUUCGAUUCCAGAUGAUCGACUUUGAUCGAGUAAAACCAAAUGUCAUUA